AAACCCGCCAUUGACGAACUUGGCGUAAGACGACGGCUCGACUCGCGUCUACAGUCGCCCACUGUAGAGACAACAGAGCGCUGCUUGAGGACUGCCGAUGGAAGCACUCCAUUGAAGUCCUACUCUGAUCCAACAUCCUCACCCUCCAAGCCAAUCAACGCCAGCCACCAUCGCCGCGACCUUCGGCUGUAACAGUCUCGGCCUCGCUCAGCCCGCCAUGGGUCAGAAGCGUCGACGCCUAGCCCUUUCCUGUGUGGCCUGUCGAAAACGCAAAGUGAAAUGCGACCGAACUUACCCGACGUGUGUACGCUGUCAGAAAGGUGCUGUCGCCUGCGACUACGUAUCAUACACAUCCAAGAAUGGUGAAGCCUUAUCCACGCCCGAUGACGAAAAUCCGCAUUUGCGCAGGGACUCCUCGGUCGCGUCAUGGACUGAGGAAGCCCAUGUGUGGCAUUCCCGCGCAAAGGCACGAGAUGAUCAGGCUCGAACGCAGGAGGACGUUGUCAACCCUUCCACCCAGUCGAAGAAUCCGCCAACACCAAAACCCUUACAGGAACUUCAGGAACGUGUAUUGGAACUCGAGACCCAUAUAAGGACAGCAGGCCGACGCCUUCCACCUUCUCUCCAGUUCCCAUCUGAAAAGCUGCUACCGGCCAUUGCGGGAGGCGCGCCGGCGGAGCAGGACCUUGAACGGGCGCUGCUUCGGGGGCGCGCUUUCAAGACGCAAUACUUUGGUCCGAGCCACGGAGCAAGCAUUUUGCUACAAUUCGAAGAACUGUCCGCCUUUGUCGUAGACAUUCUCCACCGACUACCCACACUCGAGAAGGCCAGGAGUGAUUGGAAGCAGUAUCGACGAAACAUUCCCGCUUCGAUAGUCCUUCCGGAUCACGACACGCUGUUAUCCUUGAUUCCUGAUCAAUCUACCACUGACAGUCUGGUACGGUUAUAUUUCGAAGUCUUGGAGACCACCUACCGAGUGUUGCACGCGCCGACGUUCUUCCGACAGUACAAGGAGUUCUGGGCUCCCACACCAGCCGAGGUUCCAGAAGCAUCUGACUCUACACCCUCGGAGACCUCUACAGCAUUCGUGGUUCAACUCCUCCUUGUGUGUGCAUGUGCGAACGCUCUGGUACAGCGCGGUAAGCCUGUCUACAUUGGGCCCAGUUCGAUCCUCCGUGAUGAUGCCAUCAAAUGGAUCGAAGUCUGUGAGACCUGGCUUGACCUGCAGAGCCAGAAGCACAUGACUAUCGAGGUAUUCCAAGUCCAGGUACUCAUGCCCAUCGCAAAGAGAGUAAACGGUGUCAAGCACAAGCGCAUAUGGACGGUCGCUGGUCAUCUACUAAGGCUUGCCAUGACUAUUGGCCUGCACCGAGAACCCACAUUUCUCAGCAAGAAGAUCUCAGUGUUUGACCAAGAGAUGCGCCGGAGGUUGUGGUUCACCAUCUUGGAACUAGAACUUCAGGCAAGCCUUGAUAGGGGCAUGUGUGCCAGCCUUGGACCUUUCGACUGGGAUUGUCUGCCUCCAGUGAACCUCCACGACGAAGAGUUUGACCCGUCCACAGAGAAGUUGCCGCCGCCUCGGCCCAUUACCGAAUUCACCAGGACAUCAUUCCUCUGCCUAGCACAGAAACACCUCCCCUUGAGGCUGGAACUCGUGUCCAGGCUCAACAGCGUCAGACCAUACAUCGAAGACGACGCGGCUAUCGAGCUUGAUCGAACGAUCAGGAAAUACUUGGACGACAUUCCACAGUGGCCAGCUUAUGCGGCGAAAAUCGCGUCUCAACCUUUGUCAGAACUGGUACUCUAUGAGUUUCUGCUGCAAAUACACCAGCCAGUCGCAGCACAGACCGAUUCUCAAGCAAGACACUUCUUUUCCAGAGUCGCUCGCCGAAAUGCAGCGCUGUCCAUCGCCAGAAUAUACUCUGAGAUGCGUCCGAAUGCGGCAUUGGUGUUCGUCAGUCUCCGAGAUGAUCUUUUCCGCGCGCUGCUUGGACUUUGCGUCAUCACAAUCAUGGAGAUGAACUCAAAGGAGUAUCUGACACAGGAUACUACUGCUACUGUCAAGCUCAUAGGACAAGGGGUGGAUAUUAUGGAAGAGCGCCUCCGACAACUUGGACAAGGUUUUCAUCCGUACUGGCUCACGUCCAGUGCACUCGCACUGCUACAAUCCAAGAUCUCUGCGCACAAGUCCCCUGAGACUCAUGCGCAAGAGACUGCCGACCGGGUUGCCAGGCUUCAUCGUGAGAUGAUGGAGUCUCAGAAGGUAAAUCCGAGCCACUGGCAGCCACUGAACGGCGUGGACCCUACAAUCAACAAUACGGCGAACGCGCUCCUUGGCAUGAGUGGCCAACGGACUGCCCCCAUGCCUGAAGUUGAUCCGUUCGUGCCGAUAGACGGGCAGUUCAACGCGUUCUCGGACACAUUGUUCGACUUUGACAUGACUGAUAUAUGGGGUAUGAGCAAUUAUGGACAGUUUCGGUGACGUGGCGGCCUCUGGCAAGGAGUCGGUGGGCACUGGAGCCUCAAGGCAGUGUCGAUGGAUUGCGGGACUGAGCAUGGUGCCAUGAUGAGGGACAAGAGAUCCUCAUUGUAUCCUCUGCAAGAGCUGUUUGUCAACAAGGGUAGUAACAGUCACCCAAUACGAUCUCCUUUCUACACCUUUCAAAUGCUUCACCGAUCGUUUAUCAAACAUAGGGCAGCAACCACUCAACAAGGUCAAGUUGUAGUGAGGUCACGUGGUAUUACUGCCAAGCAUUCUAGAAAUUUUCUUCCUCGGCAAAGUUACUCUUCAUAGCGUCUGCUUAUCGCUAGUGGCUGCGGCUGCCUUCUUUUCCCAA